AAAGUCGAGGUGGUGGUUGGUCGAGUUAUUAUCGUUCGGGAAAUGGACCCAGUUGUUCGUAGUCGUCUAUUGACGCACAAUCUAAGACUGUUCGUUCCCAUCUUUUCGGCGAUCGAGCCGAGUUUUCUUGCAGUGCUGUGUGUUCUUUGAAAUUUUAUCGAUCGGUCACUUCUUUGGACAAGAGAGAUACGUUUCUUAAAUAAUUACGAGCAAUAUCGAUAAUCAACAAUCGAUAUAGAUCAUAACCAAUCGAAAAUCCUCAAUUUUCUUUUGAAAAUUUUCUUUUCUUCAUCUGAAACUUUAUCACUUCUUUUCUUUUUCUUUUCUUGACAAUGAAGAAACAAAUCGUAUAAAUUUCCGUAGAUUGCGCGAUAAAUUGGGGGUAUUUUAUUCUCACCAUCGUCGCACCGCCGUCGAGGCCAACCGUGAUACUUACUACGACAAAGAGAAACAUACUUCUUAUCACACCUUUAUUAACCCAUACUCGAAACAGUUUCAACGAGUUAAAUUUUUCCAUCGAAACGUAUAAUCUGUCUCGCAACAACGACAAUUGGCUUCUUCUUAUCAAAUUUUUCCGCUUUUUUUUUUUUUUCUUCUUCCUUCUAAUUUUCUUUCCCACCGAUUCGAGUUUAUUUUGAGAAAAUGUGCGUAUAUUCUCGAAUAUUCGAACGCGGAUUCGCGGCCACCGAGCGAUAAGCCAAUGAAAAAAAUAAACUCGAAGAUCGACAAAUCAACACCUUAGAAAUACGCGUGCGUGUUUUUAUCAGUCGAUCCGAUAUAUAUAUAUAUAUUGCUAAGUACCAUGUACAUGUGAUAUCAUUAGUUUCACUACCAUUCGUUUUCUUCUCUCGUUAUCUCUCGUUUUUUUUUUCUUUCUCUUUCUUUCCUCUUUCUCUUUUCAUUUAUCAAUUCACUCCCUUUAUCGAUUUUUAUCAAUGAAAAUGAUAUAAUUAAAAUGGUUAAAGAUUCGUUCUAAAUCUAGUCGCCUUUAUCGCGCUUUAGUUAUUUAAAUCGGCAAGUUCUUCGCGAAUCGAAAAUUUGAUCAAAUCGGUAAUAUAUCGAAAAUAUUAUAAUUCCAAGUUUUCAUCGGUCGAAAAAGCUUUUCUGUCUUUCAUCAAGUGUGCCUGUUAUCCGUCGUUGCUUUCUGCUUAUCGAGAAAGGUAUAAUACCGGCGAAGGAUAAUCGGCUGAAUCGUGUUUCGUGCCUCGUUCCUUCUGCUCGGGUUUUGGGUAAUAAAUGUGAAAAAAAUGUGUCAAGAGUGGUAAUCGUCCCUUCGUCGACGAAGAUCGUCGUCCAGCGAAGCAAUCCAACGACACAUCUUAACAAGGAUAACGCAUGUUUUUCUAACAGAGAAAUCGAGCUGCCACCCAUCCGCCUGUAGAAGUCUAUCCACUUGGUCAAUGAAGGGUCCAUAUUGAAGAGUUGCCAAUACUAAUCGAGGUUUGAACGAUUAUGCGGAAAACAAUCGAAAUCUGAGCAUUUCUUCCUUUUCCAUUAUAAAAUUUGAUCGUAACACGCAUUCGACGCGCGAUAAAUUAUUUUAAUCGAAAAGAUGGAGAAUCAAGAGAGAUCGCUGUUCACUCGGAUGCAACCGAGCAGAGAUUCGAUCCGAUUGCAAAUCGGGCGAAAAGGAUUCGAGACAGGGAAGGUGACAUCAACGACGGAGAACAGCAAACAGUGCCAAAUCGGUGAACGCCAUCCCACGAAAGAACAUAUCAGUCCUACUUCUUCCGGAAAGUAUGUGGCGACACCUCGUCCGACGAUGGACAAUCUAAAGCAAUGGGAGUUGGUAGAGUGCGGUCACAGUUUGCGAGUAGUGGAAAAGAGAAUCGGCGCGAAACCUCGGGAAGAGAUAUCGGGGACGGAUGUUGAACGUAUCUCAAGCUUCGCUGGAAGGAAAACUCUUCCUGAGAACAUAGCCAUCGACGCGAAUCUCGAAGAGAAGUUGAAAGCUUUCAAAGACUCGAAGAUCGUUCAACCUAUUAUGGCGCCUCAACACGAAUGUGCCGAUGAUGCGAAAGUCCCGAUUAAUCUCGAACUAAUCCUGAAGCAGCGAAAAGGCCCGGCUAUCGAGAGUACGGAUAUGCUUCAACGAUUAGAACAGCAGGUCAAGGCCAUCGAAAUGGACACUCUUGCAGCUAGAACGCGCCAGUUGGAGUUUAGCUCGGAUUUCGAGCCGGAAAUUCGAUACGCGGACCUUCACCGAUACAGGGAACACGAGGAUCUACUUCGAAACGUGACGGAUAACGAGGCCGAGGGGUCUCCAUUACACCGAGGAGAUGCGACAAGGAAUUCGACGGGAAAUGCAGGCAUCGUUACUAAGAAAGCUUCAACAAAAUUAUCAAGGACAGCCUCGGACUCGAGGCGGGGACAGGAAGCGGAAGUACUCCUUCGAGCGCAAGCUAGGGUGUCGCAAGCGCGUGUAUUGAUACAGGCUAACAACGCGAAGAAACAUCAACGUCAACAGCAACAGCGACAGAGCAGUGCGGUCAGACCAUUGUCAACCGUCACGCAGAAGAGUGCGCAAAAUGAGAAGGAGACAGGGGAUGGCGUGGGAGUGUCGAGUAGCGGUGGUCGACUCUCUUCUCGAAGUCGAACCUCGGAGGAACCCCACAUCGGCAAGUACAAAUUACUUAAAACAAUUGGCAAAGGUAACUUUGCCAAGGUAAAACUUGCCAAACAUGUACCUACCGGAAAAGAAGUGGCUAUCAAAAUUAUUGACAAGACUCAAUUAAAUCCCGGUAGCCUUCAAAAAUUGUUCCGAGAAGUAAGAAUAAUGAAGAUGCUCGAUCAUCCGAAUAUAGUGAAGCUUUUCCAAGUGAUCGAGACUGAGAAAACAUUGUACCUGGUAAUGGAAUACGCCAGCGGUGGCGAAGUUUUUGACUACUUGGUCCUACAUGGUCGAAUGAAAGAAAAGGAGGCUAGAGCAAAGUUCCGGCAAAUUGUCUCUGCUGUGCAAUACUGCCAUCAAAAAAAGAUCAUCCAUAGGGAUUUAAAGGCUGAAAAUUUAUUACUCGAUAGCGAGAUGAACAUCAAAAUCGCCGAUUUUGGUUUCAGCAAUGAAUUCACACCAGGCAACAAGUUGGAUACUUUCUGCGGAUCACCUCCUUAUGCAGCACCUGAACUUUUUCAAGGUAAAAAGUAUGAUGGACCCGAAGUAGAUGUGUGGUCGUUGGGAGUAAUAUUAUACACAUUAGUGUCUGGAUCACUGCCCUUCGACGGUUCGACAUUGAGAGAAUUGAGGGAACGAGUAUUACGAGGAAAAUAUCGAAUUCCAUUUUACAUGUCCACGGAUUGUGAAAAUCUUUUGAAAAAGUUUUUGGUGCUUAACCCGACAAAACGGGCAUCCUUAGAGACUAUUAUGAAGGACAAAUGGAUGAACAUGGGAUAUGAUGACGACGAAUUGAAACCGUACUUAGAACCUGAACCUGAUUAUAAAGACCACAAGAGGAUAGGUGAGUCUGCCAAGGCCCUGGCUAGUAUGGGAUAUACAAGAAGUGAAAUAGAAGAUUCCUUAGGACAAGCAAAGUACGAUGACGUGUUCGCCACGUACUUACUCUUAGGAAGAAAGACAACUGAUCCUGAAUCAGAUGGCUCGCGAUCAGGCAGUUCGUUGUCAUUGCGCAACAUUCCACCGCAAGCUGGUUCAGGUGGUGGUGGAAGUGGAGGUGGAGGAGGAAGUGGAGGAGGCACUGGUGGUGCUGUGCAGAGUCCGUCGCAUAGAGGUGUUCAUAGAAGUAUCUCUGCUAGCAAUCCAAAACCGAGUAGACGAGUUUCAUCCGGUCUCGAAACGCUUCGAGCAGCGCCGAGCCCAGGAAAUGCAACGAACCAUAAUCACGCAACUCCUACGACUGGUGGAACUGUAACUGGAAACACUGGUAGUAAUUUUAAGAGACAAAAUACUGUGGAUGCGGCCACGAUCAAAGAGAAUACUGCUCGCGUUUCUGCGAGCCGACCUUCGGCUCCUAAAAACAGUCCUGGCCAAUUAGAUACUAUGACAAUGUUCAUUCUAGGCGUGGGUACAAGUCCCGGUGGUAGAGCAUGGGCAGGAAAGAGCAACACAAUGAAUGCAGGGGUAGGUAGUGGUCGGCCUCUUACUUCACCUGCCCCUGGUUCUGUUGGUCGACGUAGUACCAUCUCUUAUGAUCAAGCGAAAACGUCCUCUUCAUCUACCGAAAGAACCAACGAUACACCCAGCCUUGGCGAGGGCACUAGACCAACACGGGGUCACACCAAGUCUGCGAGCAUCAGUGCAGGUCACCGUUCCUCAAGUGGCGUAGCUCCCAGCGACCAUUCACUACUGGACCCUCAACCACGCAACGCCCACAACUCCUUACUCGCCACUGCUGACCCUCUUAGACAGAGCUUGGGUGUGUCUCCAAGUAAUAGACUGGCAACACCUACAACACCAGCAUUUCCUCGAAAUGUUCCAAGUCGUAGUACGUUUCAUUCUGGUCAGAAUAGAGCUCAGCGAAAUCAUACUCAGGGUCACACGCAUACACAGGACACGAAUGCAAUUAGUCCACUAGCGAGACCGUCCUUCUUCUCCAAAUUGUCCUCAAGAUUCUCCAAACGCCCCAUGGACCCAUCCGUACCUCCCAAGCACCCAGUAGUGAGUGGUGCAACUACUAACGAUGAGCAAGUUAAGCCACGCAGUCUACGUUUCACUUGGAGUAUGAAAACUACAAGUAGUCGAGAUCCAAAUGAAAUUAUGUCCGAAAUUCGAAAGGUAUUGGAUGCCAAUAAAUGUCAGUACGAACAACGUGAAAGGUUUCUACUGCUAUGUGCGCAUGGUGAUGCAGCAACAGAUAGCCAAGUACAGUGGGAAAUCGAAGUUUGUAAACUGCCACGACUUUCUUUGAACGGAGUACGUUUUAAACGGAUCUCAGGCACUUCAAUUGGCUUCAAAAAUAUUGCUAGCAAGAUAGCAAAUGAGCUCAAGCUGUGACUGCCGACAACAGGCGCCCUAUCCACCCGCGCCAAUCCAUAACGUUCUCAUGAUCGAUGACACGGAUUCACAGUUACCGACAACUUUCAUUUUUCCUUCUUCUGGGACUUUGAUCUUCUCGAUGAUAUCAAUACCGAUACAGAUAUCGAUACCGAUACCGAUACCGACACCGAUACCGAUACCGAUACCGAUACCGAUACCAAUAUCCAUACACAUACACAUACCAAUAAUGAUUCCGAUUCUGGUUCUAGUUCCAAUCUUCAUUCCGAAACCAAUACACGAGAGAUAUUCGUUUAAACAAUUCUCUCUAUCCCGUCCCAGUUGAAUAGCGAAAGUAACGUCGGCAGAAUCGAACUUUCACCGAUCAUCGAUCAUCGAUCUUUGAUUUAUCAACGCAUUACAUCAUCCCGUUACUUAUUCGGAAGCCUCGAAAAAACUGUGAUCCGUGACCGUUGAACGCGCGCAUAUUCAAAUACUCCCGAGUGCCAAAACAAAAUCAAGCAGUCGGUUUUUCGUGAAAUCGUCUAGAUAUGGAAUAAUACAAUGAGAAGAUUGGGAGUGAAUGGAGAAGGUGGUGCUGAUCGGACAGAAACGUGAAAAAAUUCAAUGAGAUUCCACAGAAGGAAGAAAAGAGAAGAGGCUAAAAGAAGAAAAAAAAAGAUAAUACGAAUAGAUACGAAUUGAUCGUAUCGCGCGACAAAUUGUUAUCAAUCGAUAUGAUCGAGCUAAUAAUUUAACGUUCUUCUUAUCGAUACGCAAAAAAACGAUGUUUGAAAUCUUGAUAUCGAGAAUAUCAUUCGCGUCAUCGUAUCAAUUAUGUCGAAUUAUGCUCAUUUUCUGUACUCUCUCAAUCUAGCCGAAACGGUUGCUAUCAACUUAAAUAUUACGCGUUUACAGUAUUAUAUAUUCCAAGCAAUUUUCUUGAUGUUAUAACACGGUAUCUCCGGUGAAAUUGACAAAAUUAUUAUUUUUAGUUACUUAAGCCAAUCUUAUAUUUGCGUCUUCUACAUAAUUAUAUUUGAUCUUUUUUUUAUUAAUUUCUCUUUCCUUUUACUAAAUUUCUAAUUUCUCUUUCACAAAAAAUAUUGUUUUAUUUUAAUUGUGCCUAAUAAUGCGUAUCAAUAAAAUAUAAACUUUCUUCUAAUGAGCGAGGAAAGGAAUAUAGAAUCUGUUAGCAAGAAUGGAAGGAAAGACGAGAUGAGUGGAAAAUAGUGUACAUGAAUAAAAGCUCUUUAAAAAUAAAGAUAUUUAUAAGUGGGGCGUUCGAUCGAAUGCAUUAUGCAUUCUAUGUCAAGAGUCUUUCUUUUCGCAAUAUUAAUUUUUCAAAUUAUGUUUUUUAUACAUAUAUAAGGAGCACUUAAGUAAACAAGUGAUCUGUUUGUACAUAAUCGAUCAAAUUAUUCGAAAAAAGUGUAAAGGAAUAUAUAGGAAACUUCUAUCUGUAACGAAAACAUCUUUAUACAUUUGUCAUUCGUUGAAUAUUGAAAAAAAUUCAAAAUAUUAUGCAAACGUAAUUCACGCACCACCUUUCUAAAUAUUUUUAAGAUAUUUUACUUUUUUAUCUAUAUUAUAAGUUUAAAGCUAUCUCAUACCAUAGGCAUUAGUCAAAUUAAUUAUGUAACGCGUUAUUAUUAUUAUUAAUUAUUAAUUAUUAAUUAUUGUUGUUAUUAUAUUUUUAUUUUUAUUAAUAGUAUACAAAUAACGUUACAACAUAAUGUUGAACGUAAAAAAAAAAAGAAAAUAGAGAAAAAGGAGUUAAUUACUUAAAGAUUAUUAUCAAUCGAAUUUACUCGUAUCUCGCGCGAAUAAUGAUGCAAGUACUUUUUUCCGAAACAAUUCCGAGAUAUACCUAGCACGAUAUGCACGAGCGCACGACAUCGUCGAUAACGAGAUCUGUUAUUUCUACGAAUGAUACUAUGUAAGAUUAUAUUUAAAUAUUGUAAUUGGCUAUACACUACUACGCUAUUUAACCCUUCAUUCGCAAAUGUAUCCACGGUUGAAUGAACUUACAUUAGAAAUUAUUAUAAACGUAGAGGCGACUAGAGAGACUUGGUGUACAUACAUAAUACAAUAUACGAAGGUACUAAAUUAACCAAAUAAAUAAAGCCUCAUUAAGAAUGCAAAUAAAAAAUUAAAAACGGCGAAAGAGAGAGAAGAAAAAAAAUAGAUUAAUAAAAAAAAAAGAAGUAAAAAGAGAAAGAAAAAAAAGAAGAAAAAAUGUAAACAAAACGAAAGAAAAGAAAAGAGAAAAAAUUCGUAUUGCGAUCUUUUUAUAUUUGCCUAAAAUUAAUCUACAUUAAACAAAAGGCAAUGACUAAUUUAUUUAAAUAAAUGCAAAACUCGAA